CUUUCUCUCUUCGUUUUGGUGGGCUGAGAUAAUGCUAGGUAGUUGGUAGAUCCUGCAGUUCAACUUGACUCCUAGAUAGAAGCUGGAUUCAUCUGAUACCAGAGAAGUAAAAUUUCAAGAUUCCAAAACCAGAUUUGAGUCAAACUGUUGGCAGUCUGGACCUCUUCAUGGCUGUGAAUCUCGGAUAUACAAUCGAUGAUGAUGAUGACUGCAGUUUUCUUUUAUGGUAAUCCUCUCACCUCGACCUCCCAAAGUCCUGGGAUUAUAGGACUUUUCAGCAUCUGGAGACUUCACUAUCCUAUCAUGUCUUUGUGUGAAGAUAUGCUGCUUUGUAAUUAUCGAAAGUGUCGCAUCAAACUCUCUGGUUAUGCAUGGGUCACUGCCUGCUCUCACAUCUUCUGUGAUCAGCAUGGCAGUGGUGAGUUUAGUCGUUCACCAGCUAUCUGCCCUGCCUGCAACAGUACCCUGUCUGGAAAGCUAGAUAUUGUCCGCACAGAACUCAGUCCAUCAGAGGAAUAUAAAGCUAUGGUAUUGGCAGGACUGCGACCAGAGAUUGUGUUGGACAUUAGCUCCCGAGCGUUGGCCUUCUGGACAUAUCAGGUACAUCAGGAGCGUCUCUAUCAAGAAUAUAAUUUCAGCAAGGCUGAGGGUCAUCUGAAACAGAUGGAGAAGAUAUACACUCAGCAAAUACAGAGCAAGGAUAUAGAAUUGACCUCUAUGAAAGGGGAGGUCAACUCCAUGAAGAAAGUGCUAGAAGAAUACAAGAAAAAGUUCAGUGACAUCUCUGAGAAACUUAUGGAGCGCAAUCGCCAGUAUCAAAAGCUCCAAGGCCUCUAUGAUAGCCUAAGGUUACGAAACAUCACUAUUGCUAACCAUGAAGGCACCCUGGAACCAUCCAUGAAUGCACAAUCUGGUGUUUAUGGCUUCCCAUUAGGGAACAACUCUAAGUUUCCUUUGGAUAAUUCACCAAUUCGAAGUCGGGGUGGUGGAGAAGGAGAUUUUCAGUUCAGACCAUUUUUUGUGGGUUCUCCCAUAGCACCUGAACCCAGCAACAGCUUUUUCAGUUUUGUCUCUCCCAGUCAUGAAUUAGAGGAGCAGCAAGUCUCUACCAGGGCAUUCAAAGUAAAACGAAUUUAAGAGUUGGGCAUGUGUCGCUUAUGUCCAGGUGUUUUGAGACUGCAGUGAGCCAAGGUCACACCACUGCACUCCAACCUGGUCAACAGAGAGACCUGGUCUCUAAAAACAACAAAGUAAAAAGUAGUUAGCUAACUUUACAGAAUGUUUCUCUGUUCAUUUUUAGUGAUUACAUUUAACAAUCUUUAUUCUAGAUAGGAGUCACCAGCCUCCCUGUGCUUUUUAAGUCUUUAAAGUUGUCCUUACAUUGUCAACUUGUAAGAAGCUCAGUGGCACUGGGAAGUGACUUUACAAUCUGCUUUUUUUGUUCCUAUUAUUUAAAGCAUGAGCAUUUUAUUAAUUGCAGUUUCGUUGUAAACUGUUGAAUUUUCUUCACUAGUGAAAAGGUCAUGACAUAUUUCGGUAGUUCACUGUUUCUGUCUGAGCUAUGUAUUUAUAAAUAAGCACCUGUGUUGUCUCAUGGUCAUUUUGAAUUCUGGUAUUAUUGCAUAUAUGUAUAUGUAAGCAUAAAUUUACACUGACAUUUUUCUAUAUUUGUGUGAAAAUUCCGGUCUUGGAAAAUGGUGGAUGACCUGUGGCUUGUUUUUUUAGUUAUAUUAUUUAUUUACAUAUAUUUAUAUAUUUCCCUUUACAUUAACUUGUUUGAACAUGCGCUUAUGUCAGUGAAUGAGAAUACAGUUUGAUGCUUGUAUGUUUGUUCCCUGUUUAUAUUUACAAAUAAUUCACAUGGCAGCCUGUGAACAUAGCGAGACCUUAUUCUACAAAACAAACAAAAAACCACACUGAUAAAGUUAUUUAUAAAGUUGACUUUUUGAGAUUUACGGUUGGCCCGUUUUAUCUGCAAGCUCCACCCUCAUAGAUUCAACCAACCCUGGACUAAAAAUAUUUUGAGGAAAAAAACCCCAAUAAAAAUAACAAUACAACAAUAAAAAAUACAAAUUAAAAAAUCAAUACAGUAUAACCACCAUAUGCAUACCAUUUGCUUUAUAGAUGUUAUAAGUAAUCUAGAGGUAAUUUAAAGUAUUCAGUAGAAUGUGUAUAGGUUAUAUGCAAAUACAGUGCCAUUUUAUAAAAGGGACUUGAGCAUCCAAGGAUUUUGGUAUUUGUUAAAGUUCCUGGGAUCAAUCCUGCAAAGAUACUGAGGGACGACUGUAUUUUAAAAUAAAAUUUUUAUAUCUUUUUGUCAACUGUUGCCUUGGGUUUACUUAUUUAGAAAUGUACUUCUGCUAAGGGAUGAAUGACUGUAUUUUAAAAUAAAACUCUACACUUUUUUGUCAA